AUGACAUCGAAAGAGAUGUGCAGAUAUGGGAACCAAUGCUAUCGCAAGAAUCCCAUUCACUUCCAAGAGUUCGACCAUCCGUUUGAUCCCAAGACACGACUCACAGCCAGUGAUGACAACACCACUCAAUCCAUGGCCUCCUCUUCGACACAAAACCCAAACAAACGACUGAAGAGUUCGGACGCGAAGACAGAGACGGAGCCAACGAUUGACUCAAAUAUUUUGGGCUUUUAUUUGACAAAAGUCUCGGGAAUUGACGACAAAUACAACGAAAUGACGGCAAAAGCGAUUGACUUGAAGGAGAUCUUAAGCGCAAGAAAUGGCAAACUCUUGGAAUCGAUUCAAAUGAAUUACAUGUUUGAGAUGGACUGGCUGUUAUCGCAGUACCCCAAACAGUUCCGGACACUGCCGCUGAUGAUUGUCUACGGAUCCAAACGCGACGGUAUGGCCACCAAAGAGAUGCAAAACCAGACCAAAGACUACCCUCACGUGCGUCUGGUGGGCGCCCAACUCGUGGACCCCUUCGGCACCCAUCACUCGAAGAUGAUGUUCUUGAGGUACGACAGAGGGCUGAGGGUUGUCAUCCAUACGGCGAAUCUCAUCGAAAGGGAUUGGACUCAUAAGACACAAGGCGUUUGGGUCAGCCCUCUGUUCCCUCCCCUGCCGUCCAGCCAUUCCUCCGAUGCAGACAUAUCUCAGACCAGAUUUAAGACGGAUUUGAUUGAAUACCUCCAGAGUUAUCACUCGAUGGAAGUGAAUGAAUGGAUUGAAACGAUCCGACGGCACGACCUCUCGUCGGCCAAAGUGUUUCUCAUUGGAUCCGUUCCGGGAAGACAUGUCGGCGCAGACAUGAAGUGCCGAUUCGGUCACUUGAAGUUACGGCGAGUGCUGUCAGAGUUUGGGCCGUCGGCUAAGAGUGUGGACUCGAGUUGGCCCGCAAUCACACAGUUCUCGAGCAUCGGGUCGUUGGGUCCGACGGCAGACAAUUGGCUCACAAACGAGUUUCUCAGCUCUUUGUCGACAGUCUGUGGCCCCAAAUCACUGACAACUCGACCGCAGAUGAAGUGUAUCUUCCCGUCCGUUGAAGACGUGAGGACCAGUUUGGAGGGCUAUUGUGGCGGCGGAUCUCUGCCCUACAGUUCCCAAACACAUCAAAGACAGACAUAUUUGUCAUCAUUUCUUCACUUAUGGCGGAGUGAACGCAGGGGUCGAUCGCAUGCCGUCCCUCACAUCAAGACUUACGCCCGAUAUUCAAGUGAUUGGAAACAAAUGGCAUACUUUCUGCUCACUUCUGCCAACCUAUCGAAGGCCGCUUGGGGUCAGCUCCAGAAGAAUGGCUCACAACUGGCCAUCAGAUCCUAUGAGAUUGGAGUCCUUUUUAUACCAAAACUAUUUGCAAAUCAAGAGUUCUUUGAUGUCUCGAAGACUGAAGACUCGAAACAGAUGUCAAACACGUCUUCAUUUGCGAUCCCAUACGACAUCCCUUUGACUCCUUAUUCUUCAAAUGACACUGUGUGGACGUGGGAUACGCCUCACACUCAACUGCCCGACACUCACGGCAACGCUUGGAUACCCGGCUCAUCCUAACACUC